GCAAUAUAUCAAAAUGUUAGGGAUAAAACAAUAUGGAGUAUUUUUUUUACAUUCCCAAAAUUACGAUAGCAACCAUAUUGCCUAUUUGCCUUAUUGGUGAAUGGAUACAGUACAGGCAUCCAUAUCAGAUAAACAGAGAAAAAAAAAUGAGCAAUGCAGCAGAUCGAGAUAGUGAAAAAGAGGAAAACAACAAUCAAAAUGGAAAGCCAAGAUUCUUCGAUAAGAAGGCUAAGAAUCUGUGCUGGGCUAAAGCUGAUACUGUCCCCGGCCGUCACCCUGACCGUUGGAGAAAGGAUGUUGCCGGUAACGUUGUCUGCAAACGUUUCUGCAACUGUUCUGGUUGUCUUUGCUUUGAGUAUGAUCACAUUGUUCCUUUCUCCAAAGGAGGCGAGUCCACAAUCGAUAAUUGUCAGAUUCUUCAAACUAGGGUGAACCGUUACAAAGCUGACAAAGAGAUUGAUCCCAACAUAUUAAGAGGCUAUUCUUGUGAUUUGAAAUUCACUGACAAAGAACUUGACAUAAUCGAGAUGGCAGUGUAUGGGGACGUGAUAAGACCAGGGAAGCAAUGUCGUUGCAGGUCUGUUGCUGAGAUGCUCGGAAAAUUCAAGGGCAAAGAUCAUAUGGCGCCUUGCAAAAUACCCGACUCUGAAAAUUCAUGAUCUUUUAUUUACCAAAAAUGGUUUGUUGCGUCAAUGUAAAACCACAACACCAUCAUCAUUCAUCACAUUCUUGUUGUUCGAAAUUGCUACUUCAUUUCUUUUGUUAUUGGCUA